AUGCUUCAAUCUGCUCUUUACCGGAUCCUGCGGAUUUUCUUGGUUACCCUUGACUUCUGGUUCAACACCGAUAUCCCUACAAGCCAAGUCGAUAGGAGCGGUAAGCCCUCGCAGUCAAUCCCAGUUAACAAUAUGAAUACUUCGUCUAGUGCCCAACAAACCGAAACCUCAAUUUCUGACUUGAUCGAACUCGAGACCUGGGAGGAAAUCUACAAAGAGGAGUGCCUCAGUUUCAAGGCUGGCCUAGAGACCCAAGCUCGGAUCCUGAGAAAUACAAGUGAAGGAGCCGAUCGUAUAAAGGAUGUACGCAAAGAGCUAAUCUCACUUUCCCAUCAGGCCGAGCGAAUCAAAGAGGCUGCAUUUGAAAUGGUCGAUGAGACCCCGGACAGUGUAUAUGUCCGAAACGCAACUCCCGAGUGGCUCUCCUCCCGAUUUGAAGAUCCGCAGCUAGAACAGGUAUGUAUCAGCAUGGAAUAUAGCUUGGACCGACUGGCGUUUGAGCUUAGGGCUGACCCGUCAAUGGACCUUAUGGUCGCCGGACACCUUGAGCAAAUGACGGACGAUAUUGAAAUGGACUUUCUUUAG